GGUGCCUGUCAGGGAGGAAAAAUAAACGCAGUGAGCAGAGCUCCACACCCUGAAGGGAAGGAGAAGUUUCACUGCAUUCCUGUCCUGCAACUCAACUUUGAAUCAACCAUCUGCAAGGACAGAUCCGUAGUGUGUAAGUGUGUGUGUUUAGGUCUGUGUUCAGGACCCCUGACCAGGCCCCAUCUUUUUUUCAGGACAACUGUGUGUGUAUGUUCGUGUGUGUGUUGUCUGUGCUAUUGUGUGUGUUCAAACAUCACACUGGAGGGGGUGUGGGCCAUCUAUCCACAUACGCCUAUUGACCUAUACCUCAGCGCCCUGUCAGGGAGAUGUUGACAUCACUAAGUGAUAAAGGUGAAGGCCACAGGGAGACAACGGCAUUGCUGGGUAAUGAAGAUGAAGGCUCCGUCCAAACCCAGACGAAGGUCCUGAACCAGGGCUCCUGGACGCAGGUCAGCUGUCCCUGCUGCGUGUCUGAGCAGGUGGAGCCCCUGGUCCUCAUUCAGCUUUCAGACAACAUCCAGCCCGUCACCAAGAGGUGGCUCAUCUCCCUGAUCGAGGUGUCCGAGAGAGAAGGAGGCGCAGCGUUGCUGGCCCACCCUGGAGAGGAUGAGUGUGGGGAUGUAAUCGUGGUGUCUGCUCCUCACUGCACCCUCUUCAGAGCCACAGAGGACUUGGGUCUGUGUAAGAAAUACCACAAUGGAGACAUGGUUGCUUUCUCCUACAAUGACAGAGACAACUUCAGAAAUGUUGAUGACAUGCAGGAGUUCCUGACGCUAGCGGAACGUCAGUACAUAGUCAAGUAUGAGCUGGACUUUCUAAGAGCCCAGAAGGGGCAGAAAAUCCCUGGAGUCCCUGAGUCUCAGGGGGUCCUGAAGGCCAGGGAGAACAUAUGUCAGAAGCUAGAGAAGGCGGGAGUGAUAAAGGACAUCUUCCCUCUGCAUGACAAGCAGAGACUGACAGACCUGUGCAGAAACUGGUACUCUGGGAAGCAGAUAUGGGGACAGCCUCUUGACUCUAUCCAAGCCUACUUCGGAGGCACCGUGGGGUUUUACUUCAGCUUUCUGGACUUCUACACCUGGGCUCUGGUGCCCCCUGCUAUCCUAGGCCUAGUGCUGACCUUUCUGCUGCCUGGAGGUGGAUCAGGAGCUGGAGUUGUGAAGGAGCAGGCUGGGGGGGUGGUAGAGGUGGACGACAGCCCCUCAGUCAGCGGUCACAUGGUACAGGCCGUGUUCAGCAUGUUGUGGUCCACGCUGGUCAUGGAGUUCUGGAAGCGACGCAGCUCCUCCCUCUCCCACCGCUGGGGCUUGCUGCACCUGGCCGAGCGCUUCGCUGAGCCCCGCCCUGGUUUCCACGGCACCCUGGGGAUCAACCCUGUGACCGGGCGGCUGGAGCCCCUGUUCCCGGAGUGGCAGAGGCAGCUGCGUGUAGGCCUGGUGUCUGUGCCCCUGGUGGGGUUCUUCCUGGGGAUGGUGGUGCUGGGUAUGACAGGGUUCUACCACGGAGAGGCACUGGCACAGGGCUUCCAUCAGGACAGCGGCUCCUUGUUCUCUGGAGCUCUGCUCUACCUGCCCUCUGUGGCUCACAUCGUCUACACCAACAUGCUGGGGAAUGUGUACCGCACUGUGGCCAUGCAACUCACCGAGUGGGAAAACCACAGAGAGGAGUCCUCCUUCCAGACCCAUCAUACCACCAAAGUCCUCCUGUUCACUUUCUUCAACUACUUUGCUGUGCUAUUUCACAUUGCCUUCUACAAACAAGACCUUCCACUUCUAAGGAAGAGGCUUGCGUCUCUGCUAAUCGUGACCCAACUGGUGAACCAGUGUACAGAGGUGGUGGUGCCGUUCAUAGUGGACCGCUUCUUCAGUGCUCCUCAGAAGAAGCAGCAAGAGGAUGACCCAAAUGUGGACAAACUCAGAGCCCAGAGAAGCCUGCCCCCUUUUCCAGGCCUAUUUGCUGAGUACAUUGAGUUGCUGGUGCAGUUUGGGUAUUUGAGUCUGUUCUCCUGUGUGUACCCGCUCACCGCCGUCCUCCUGCUCCUCAACAACGUCACAGAGAUCAGAGCAGAUGCAUACAAGAUCUGUAAACUGUUCCGAAAACCCUUCUCAGCCCCUGUGUCCAACAUAGGAGUGUGGCAGACAGCGUUUGAGGUUCUGGGGUUUGUUUCAGUUAUGUCUAACUGCUGGCUGUUGCUACUGUCUCCUCGGGUCCGGGAGUUCUGUCUGGAGGGAGGGAUUAGCGGCAGAAACAUCAUUCUCUUCGCCAUUCUGGUCGAGCAUGUCCUGAUCCUGGUCAAGAUGAUUCUUGCUUUUAUGAUCCCAGACGAACCAGACUGGGUCAGAAUCAAGAGGGAACAGAUUGAGUUUCACUCCAUGCAAGCUCUUGGGCAGCAGAAGCUCUAAAGGUUGUGGACCCCCCCAGUGGUGGAAAAGUACUCAAUUGUCAUACUUAAGUAAAGAUACCUUUUAUUUAUUUAUUUUAUUUCAUUUCACCUUUAUUUAACCAGGUAGGCAAGUUGAGAACAAGUUCUCAUUUACAAUUGCGACCUGGCCAAGAUAAAGCAAAGCAGUUCGACACAUACAACGACACAGAGUUACACAUGGAGUAAAACAAACAUACAGUCAAUAAUACAGUAUAAACAAGUCUAUAUACGAUGUGAGCAAAUGAGGUGAGAUAAGGGAGGUAAAGGCAAAAAAAGGCCAUGGUGGCAAAGUAAAUACAAUAUAGCAAGUAAAACACUGGAAUGGUAGAUUUGCAAUGGAAGAAUGUGCAAAGUAGAAAUAAAAAUAAUGGGGUGCAAAGGAGCAAAAUAAAUAAAUUAAUUAAAUACAGUAGGGAAAGAGGUAGUUGUUUGGGCUAAAAUAUAGGUGGGCUAUCUACAGGUGCAGUAAUCUGUGAGCUGCUCUGACAGUUGCUGCUUAAAGCUAGUGAGGGAGAUAAGUGUUUCCAGUGUCAGUGCUUUUUGUAGUUCGUUCCAAUCAUUGGCAGCAGAGAACUGGAAGGAGAGGCGGCCAAAGAAAGAAUUGGUUUUGGGGGUGACUUGAGAGAUAUACCUGCUGGAGCGUGUGGUACAGGUGGGAGAUGCUAUGGUGACCAGCGAGCUGAGAUAAGGGGGGACUUUACCUAGCAGGGUCUUGUAGAUGACAUGGAGCCAGUGGGUUUGGCGACGAGUAUGAAGCGAGGGCCAGCCAACGAGAGCGUACAGGUCGCAAUGGUGGGUAGUAUACCUUAACAGUAAAAGUGAAAGUUACCCAGUAAAGUAGUACUUGAGUGAAAGUCUAAAAGUAUCUGGUUUUAAAUAUACUUACUGUGGUAGAAAAGUACUACAUUGUCAUACUUGAGUAAAAGUACAAAGUAAAAGUAAAUGCUGUACAUAAAAUUCCUUAUAUUAAGCAAACUAGUUGGCGCUAUUUUCGUGUUAUUUUUAAUUACGGACAGAAAGGGGCACACUUCAACACUCAGACAUAAUUUACAAACACAGUAGUUGUGUUUUGUGAGUCCGCCAGAUCAUAGGCAGUAAGGAUGACAAAGUGUUAUAUUGAUAGGUGCCAUAAUUCUGCUUCAGCAUUCUAAUUGUAACGAGUACUUUUGUGUGUUAGGGAAAAUGUAAGGAGUAAAAAGUACAUUAUUUUAUUUAGGAAUGUUGUGGAGUAAAAGUAAAAGUAGUCAAAAAUAUAAAUAGUGAAGUACAGAUACCCCAAAAAACUACUUAAGUAGUACUUAAAAGUAUGUUUACUUAAGUACUUUACACCACUGGGAACCCCUGAGGGGAAGUCCAUAAUCUGUCUCCUGUUGCCCUUCAAAUGUUGGUCUGGACCUGGGGGCUCAUUAGAAUCAGCUGCCAUGGCGAUGAGGGAGAGGAGGAUCCAAAGAGAUGUCUGUCUGACCUCUAAACCUAAAUCCUGGAGCCUGCCAGAGUCUGCCCUGAGAAGCUCUGUCAGUCUCAGUAUCUCACCCUGGAGGACUGCUCAAGUCAUAACUAGAGAAGUCUCUCAUGUCAUGGGAGAUGGCAGGGGUGUCAAACUAAUUUUGGUCCGGGGGCCAUUUGGUCUUCAUCGAGGUCCGGAGAGCUGCACUGAAAAUGUGCUAUAUUUCCUCACUGUCAAAAAGUGCAAAAAAUACUUCUCUAUUGUUUUUGAAAAUGUCACUCCUUGUCAGUCUAGCUUUCAUUUCAGUGAUUUUUAGGAUGCUGGACACACUCAAGAAACUGUAAGAAUGUAGGUCCAUUCGCAUUUCUACACAGUUUCAAUGUUGUUUUAGUCAUUUUAAAGUAUAAUGAGUUUGAUUCCCCCUUAAAAAUGUAUAAUAAUAAUUAAAAAAAAUAAUAUAUAUACAGUACCAGUCAAACGUUUGGACAAUAAUAAUUUAAAGAAUAAUAUAUAUAUACAGUACCAGUCAAAAGUUUGGACACACCUACUCAUUCAAGGGUUUUUCUAUAUUUUUACUAUUUUCUACAUUGUAGAAUAAUAGUGAAGACAUCAAAACUAUAAAAUAACACAUAUGGAAUCAUGUAGUAACCAAAUAAGUGUUAAACAAAUCAAAACAUAGUACAUAAGUGGCCACCAUUUGCCUUGAUGACAGCUUUUUUCUACAAUGUCGAAAAUAGU